AUGAGCUCUACUACAACCCCACCACCCCGCAUCCGCGCUGCGCUCUUCGACAUGGACGGCCUCCUCAUCGACUCCGAAGACCUCUACAGCAUAGUAACCAACACGAUCCUCGAGCGCUACGGCCGCCCACCCCUCCCCUGGUCCGUAAAAGCACAAUUGCAAGGACGCCCCGGGCCUCAAGCAGGCAAGAUAUUCCACGACUGGGCGCAACUCCCCAUUUCGCACGAGCAAUUCCUCGCCGAGCAAAAGGAACUUCAGAAAGAUAUCUUCAGCACUACGAAGCCGUUGCCGGGGGUUAUGGACUUGCUUGCAGGGCUGAAGUCCAGGGGCGUACACAUGGCGCUUGCGACGAGUAGUAACAAGAAUAACUUUGAGAUCAAGAGUAAGCACCUAGGCGACCUUUUCGGACACUUCAAGAAGGAACAUCAAGUCCUAGGCGACGACCCAAGAAUACCCUCUGGCCGCGGUAAACCCGCGCCGGAUAUCUACCUCCUCGCCCUCUCCACACUGAACAAGUCCCUCGAAGCAGAAGGCCAGCCACCCAUUCAACCAGAAGAGUGUCUUGUGUUCGAAGACAGCGUGCCGGGCGUUGAGUCGGGAAGGAGAGCGGGUAUGCAGGUGGUUUGGUGUCCGCAUCCGGAGUUGCUGGUGGAGUAUAAGGGGAGGGAGAAGGAGGUGCUGGCGGGGCUGACGGGCGAACAUAAAGAGGAUGAGGAGAAGCAGUUGCAGAAGAGUGAGGUGGAGGUGACGCAGGGGAAGAGGAAAGUUGGUAUGCCGGGGGAGAUUGACGAUGGGUGGGGGAGGUUGCAUAAGAGUUUGGAGGAUUUCCCGUAUGAUAGUUAUGGGAUGAGUAGUAAGGCGUGA